AUGAGGCCGCAGCGCGCCCGGCGCGCGAGUCUCGCGGCCAGCCUCAAGAUCGGGGAUCACCGGGGCCGCUGCCGGAGCCCGGAGGAAGAGGAAUCCUACAUCCCGUUUGCACAGGAUAGCCUGGUAAGGCAAUGGAACUCCAUGCAGAACGUGGCAGAUGGUAGCCAGGAGAAGAGCCAGACUCCCAUCCAAAGGAACAAGUAUCUGCUCAACAUUAAUGUGGGUGGCAAAUUGUUCCAGAUAGCUUACAAGGUACUUGCCCAAUACCCCAUCACCCGGCUUGGGAAGCUGGCGCUCUACACAGACCCCGUGAAGAAGCUGCAGCUCUGUGAUGAUUACUUGGUGCAGAAGAACGAGUACUUCUUUGAUAGAGAUCCUUCAAUUUUCCACUACAUCUUCCACUUCUACCGCAGUGGGGUCCUGUGGGUGAUGGAUGAGAUGUGCCCCAGUAACUUUGUGGAGGAAAUCGAGUACUGGGGAAUCCAUUUGAAAUACUCCCAACGCUGCUGCCGGAUCCUGUUAGAGGAAAAGCGAGAUGAACUCAGUGAGUACCUGAAAAUAGAGAAGGAACUGGAGGCAGAACUGGAGCCCCUGGAGUCAGGGACGCAGUUUGAUGGCAAGUUUCUGGGUCGGUUUCGGAAGAUGGUCUGGAACCUCGUUGAGAACCCGUACUCUUCUGUCCCAGCCAAGAUCAUCGCUGUCAUGUCGAGCUUCUUUGUGCUUAUCUCCAUUGUGGGCAUGACACUGAGCACAGUGGAGGAGAUGAAAAACAAGACAGGGAAAAUGUGGAUGGAGCAGAUGGAGAUGAUCUGUGCCAUCUUCUUCACCUCUGAAUAUCUCAUGAGGCUCAUAUCCUCCUCCAGCUUCAAGAACUUUCUGCGGGCAGCAUUUAAUGCUAUAGACCUGGUGGCCAUCCUGCCCUUCUACAUCCAGAUCCUCUUUGAAAAUCUGGAUGAUGGAGAAAUGCAAUACCAUGAGGAGCUGCACAAGGUGGAGAAUGUGAGCAAGCUGGGCAAAGUCCUCAAGCUCAUCAAGCUCAUGAGGAUCUUCCGCAUCCUCAAGCUGGCACGGCACUCCACUGGCCUCCGGGCCUUCAGCUUCACCAUGCGCCAGUGCUACCAGCAGGUCUGCUGCCUCCUCCUCUUCAUUGCCAUGGGGGUCUUCACCUUCUCUGCUCUCAUCCACUCGGUGGAACAUGAUGUCCCUGGCACUGACUUCACCAGCAUCCCCUGCGCGUGGUGGUGGGCAGCGGUCAGCCUCUCCACUGUGGGCUAUGGAGACACUGUGCCUGACACAAUUCUCGGCAGGAUGGUGGCAUUCGUCUGCAUCUCCUUUGGCAUCAUCCUCAAUGGAAUGCCCAUCUCCAUCCUCUACAACAAAUUUUCUGACUACUAUGCCAAGCUGAAGGCCCAUGAGAUGAGCCAGUCACUUCAGCUUUCCAGGAGGAUCCAACUGAAGCAGCGAGUCCUGCGCAAGUUCUCAGAGUGCUGGAGAGCUGACCCCCGCUAUUACCGCUGAGCACAGGCUCCCCACCCCAGACAUGCCCUGUCCUGGCCAUCCUCCCUGCAGCUCCUGUCCCCCAGGGAGGCCCCGAGCUGUGGGCAGGGUCACAGCAGUGCUGGGGCUCUGCUGCUGCACAGGGGCUGCUCCCAGCUGGGACCUCUCUCACUGCUGCUGCUGGACAAUGCUGUCCUGCAGAGCCGUCAGCCAGGGCUGUUGGUCUGCCCUGGGCUGAGGCAAGGGCACCCUGACAUCAUGGGGAGUGAGGAUGGGACUGAAGUGUCACCUGUGUGAGGCAGGUAGCCCGGUGUGACUCAUGUGCAGGUGCUGCUCCAUUCCCUGCUGAGUGGGACACACACAGGCUCCCCCUGCCCAGGGCCCCUCCCAGCCAAGCAGCCCAGGCCUGGUCCAGUGUGGAGAUUUCAGUGAAGGCCCAGAGGAAAGGCUUGCAGCCAUACAUCCUUCCAGCCAAAUCUGCUCUUCUUCCCACUGCCCUGGAGUUUGGGUCCUGACUUGGGGUGCUGCUGUGAUG